UGCUUUACACAGCUAAUAGACAUAACUAAAACCACCAAAGCAACAUGGCUGUUAGGCAAGCGAUUUAUCGUUUUCCUGGUAAUCUGACAGCCAGUAGUGCCAAAAGGGGUUGUCUUUUUACGAGAAAUUUUUCAAAGGGUACAAGGCUACAAGUGAGUUUUGUUUAUGAUGCAAUUAUAAAGACAGGCAACAUAUUUGGUGGUGGCACUGACGCUAACAUAUUUUUACGCAUGAUUGGUGAACAAGGCUCAACUGAUGAGAUAAUGUUAGUUAGAAAGAAAGGAGAUCUAGAACGAGGAAUGGUAAAUAUUUAUAACUUUCCAGCUGAUGAUGUUGGUAAAUUAAAGAAGUUAAUCAUACGUCAUGAUAACACAGGUUUUGGUCCUGCUUGGUAUUUAGAAGAGAUCAGAAUACGAGAUGCAAAAGGUCAGUUAUAUACUUUUAAAUGUGACUCCUGGAUUGCAAAAACCGAUGGUGAGGAACCAAUCAAAUUACUUAAAGAAAUAAGUUAUCAAAGUAGCACAACAAGCAGAGAAGUUGAUCGUUUAGCUGACCUCAUGGCAAAUGAGGAGGAUGCAGAUGAAGAGGAACGUCUUGAAGGUGCCAUGAUUGAUGUUGCCAUGGAAACUGAAGAAGACGAGUUCGACGAAAAUGUACCUUAUGAAACAGUUAACAACGUGGAUGAAGAGUCAGCAUUCGUGGAACACCCUCCAUCGCUGAGACACGCAUCUUCGUUAUCUCCAGCAGUGAAACAUCUCAUAGAAACUUACGGCAUUGACUUCUUUAAAAUCUCCGGAACUGGACCUCAUGCUCGUGUGUUAAAAGGUGAUGUUUUAGACUUUAUGAAAGAAGAAAAUAUUACCACAAAAAGGAAAUUCAUUUCACGUCACGAACCUGUGUUGUCAACAAAUGCAGACGUCUUCAAAUCAGUCCGAACCGACAGGGUUGAUAAAGCACUGAAGCCCGCCCCUUCGAAUUUAUACCACAAUCAGACGAUUCUCACCACAGAGACAAUUCAGAAAAACACAGAAAAAAUACCUCAAAUAUACUUAUCAGUAAAUUGCUUUAUAGACAAUUUUUUAAACACCGCUGCAUAUUUAGACGCUGAAACUAUAGCCAUCAAAAGACAAGUCCUACUAGCUCGUAUGUUAUGUAAGUGUUUGGGUGAAAUUAGAGAGUUUGAAAACAUGAGCGAACAUGUGAAUAUUGAAGUAACAUCCAAUGAAAAAAGAGUAGUUUUUAGUGCGUGUGAACACGACAGUUUAGAAAAUAUGGUUGAAAAAUACAAGAAUUCGAAAGAAUAUGAAGACGCAACUUGCGCACCGCGUUAUGUAAUCAAUAUAUCCGAAGAUGGAGUAUCCAGACUCUCCUCCGUAUUAACUAAAGGACAAAUUUUAAAUAUUAACUUUAGUGGAGUAAAGUUGUGUGUCAACGCAGACGGAGACGUCAAAAAGACGGCGACACUCUCUUUAUCGUGCGACUGCCGAAUAAUAUCAGACGAUGUUGCUGCAUCGUUGUUAGGGAAACUAAAAACUUGUAUAUCAAACCCGUCGUUACUUAAUUUGUAAAUUUUUAUAUAUUUUCGUAAAUUUUUGUUGAAUAUUUAUGUUUUUUAUACAGAAUUGAGAAAAGUUAAAAUUA